AAAAAUUCUCAAAAAAUAUAGCUAUAUGUUAUGUAAAAUAUUUGACAUAAAUCAUAAUUGAUAAUUACAUGCUUUCUGUUUGUGGCAUUCCUUACUAGUAGUAGUAGUAGAUAGUAGCAGAAAUAACAACAAUGAAUGAAAUGAUCUGCACUCUCUGAAAAUAAGGAAGAAUUUGCAUCAACAACAGGUUGUUUACCUUGUUAUGUUGUGAACGUUUUUAUGGUUGCCUAGUAGUGAGUGUGUGUAAAUCACUUAUGGAAACCAGUAGUCAGAGGGCUUAGCUACUCACAUGGCUCAUGUAGGUCAUUGCAGACAUCUCUCUAUCAACUAUGUGUUGUUUGCUUAAGAAUCCUACUGCUGCCAAGAAGACGUGCACUGCCAUUGCAGGUGUUCGAAGUAGCUGCUGCUCAACUCUUCAGAACAUGUCAUGAAAAAGCAACCAAUUUAAUAGACAAUUCCAUCAUCUAAACGCAUGUAACUCUUUAUUAUCUGUGUCCAAUGGCUAAGUAACUGGUAUUGUAGCUUGCAUCCAUAAGAGCCAAUUUAUGCUUGAUCCAAAAAUGUGGUUGGAUGUGUAUGGAUGGUGUGAUGCAGUUGCGAAGCCAAGCAUAAGUUGGCUCACACCAUAAAUGCUGCAUGGCCUAUGCAGACGUUGGAAUGACCAUGUUGCACAGAAGGUUAAAUGUUGGGCCACACCUUGUAGACAAAUCUUAGAUUGUUGGUCUUCUGAUCUAUACAUCUUUGAUCUAUAAACUAACAAUAACUGAAAGCAGAGAUUCUCAAGAUAAAAAAAACCUAAACAGUAAUAGUUUAUUCUAAAAUGCAGAGCAAGGUGGAAUAGCCAAAGUGACCCCCAAAACGUUUCAAGAAGAAUCGUAACAAUGCGCAGCACAGCACAGGUUUAUUGUUCUUGAACACACCUCAAACUGAGUCUGACAGCAGAUAUGGCGACGUCCAUGAGAAGGGCAUUAAUGCCUCUGCAUCGGAUGAGAUUCAGCAAUUUGAAGAAUGCAGAGGCUUCGCUGGAGGUACGGUAUCCCCUGCCCUUUGUUGUCCCGAUAAGGACCAAGAAGCGCUACUUCGUUCCCCCCGCAGUGGGGGUAAAAGGAAAGGCAGCAGCGUCGGCAGAUCAGGAGGCAAAAGCCAGAGCGGCAGGUGUUGUCCUAAGGCAGGAGUACAUGGAGAGAGACAUCAACAUCGCCUGCACUGCGGGAGUGUUUGACCCCUAUAUCCCCCCAGAAGGUGAUGCUCGUCUCUCCAGUCUGUCGAAAGAGGGCCUGAAACAGCGCACAGAGCAGAUCAGUUAGCCUCCCAGCUAGCG